AUGUCGGAUGAUGCGGGCCGUAUAGAGUCGCUGAAAAGUUUUGUAAAGAAGAUGCGGCUUCCCUCUGUUAAGGUAAGGUUGACAAAAAAUGCUUCGAAAAUCCUUUGUGUUCCAAAUCAGCGGGUAAAAAGUCGCGCAGAGUGAGUGAAACAAGUUGUUUUCGAGACUAGGUUAUAUUCCGCAACUGAGACCGAGACUUUCAUUGUCCAUUCCGAGGUCGAGUGAAAAAAGUUUGUACGUGGGUUUUCCAAAUGAAACUUUUGUUCCGACGUCUUCUUUAGGGGUUUUUGACAUUUUUUUUAAUCCUUCGGAUUGGAUUUCUCUUGUAAGGAGAAGACGAGUUUUGUAGUUUUUCUAUUUGGUUGUAUUUGGUGGGAAAAGAAAAUUGGUCGGCUGCCGAAUAGUCCUCAAAUUUUGCAUGCAACCUUCGCAUGUUUCCAGGUACCAGUUGCUUUUAUUCUAUUAUGUUUUCAUUCCGCAGCGAAAAAAUUCAGUGGCAUUUUUGCGAGAGAAGGCAAAAUGGGGAGAGCCGGCAAGGCAAAAAAAAGCAAUUCAAAAUUCACUUUCGUACUCUGUGUAAGCUACAAAUAAGAUGUAGGAAGGGCCUUUGAAACUUCUCAAAGCCGUUGGAUUAUCGGCGGACGCUCGGCGAACGCUCAGCGGAGUCUUAGCGAAGACUCAAAAUAUGUCUUCUCUUUCUUAUUUUAGCUAUUUCUAACGUUAGUUUUCUCUACCCUGAAUUAUUGUAACAAAUAAAAGAUCGAAACUUGCUGCAAAAAAAGAAGAUCCGUAGCGUUUAUCUAGACACUAUUGAUGUGAGUACAUGUAAAAUACCGCAAAAUAAAUAGGCUAUCCUAGGACCCGAUCAAUCUUAUUGUCUCUACAAGCUAAGUCUUCUCCUAACCUCCCCUAUGCAUACAACGACGAACAAAAACGAUUCAUAGUAUCGUUGAUCCGAAAAGCCGUAGCGCCAAGGUGAGAAGAGCCAUCCAGACGAUCGACGUUUUUUGCUUAUUUUCCAGAACUUCUAUCUGUUUGUCUACAUAUUUAUAUAAUGGAAAUUUCCCUCCUGAGAACACUUGCUUAGAGUUCUUUGGCGUUUGGCGUCAUUUGAUGUAGGCAUAAAUUCAAUUUACAUCUUUUUUUGAAAUGUGUUCGUUUAUAGUCCAACCGUUUUUAGAACGAACUUCUGAUAUCAAACUCGGGAAUUUCGUCCCCCCUUUUUAUUUUUUGUUUUUAGAGCGGUUGUUGUUGUUUAUUUUGGUGCUUCUAACUUAUUUACUACUGAUUUUUGCUCCGUUCGAUUUGAUGAAAAAUGAGGAAUGUCAAAGAAGUAAGCAGCUUAAACCGCAGCUCCAGGAAUGUAUGGAAGUGGCAAUUUAGUCGCUUUACAUACGUUGCAUAUUUCAGCUUACAAGAGAGGUAUCCGAUGAUCAAAUUUUGAUGGAAACGGGCGAAAAUUUAGAUUAAUUUUCCUAUGAUUUAUACUUGUAUCCUAGCUUGCGCUUUGCAGAAAAGACCGAGAUUUUUAGGCCGAAAGUGGGGAAACAUGCGAAACUUUUGGCAUUACGAUUCAAUAACUUUUUGGUGUCUUUUUUCGCUCAUGUGACCUUUAUAAAUACAUAUAUGUAUAUGUAAUUUCCUCAGGGCGUGUCUGCAAUCAAGACUUUCCUCUUCAGUUAUUUUACCGUUCAAAAACAAUCUUCCUUCUUCCGCUCGCAAAAUCCUUUGAAUCAUCAAAAAACGCACAAAAAGAUCGGCAAGCCCAAUUCCCGUACUUAUCUACGGGGGCAUGUAGUCUAUUCCGAACCAACUCAACUAGACAACAGAGCGAACCUUUCGAGCUCUCCGCGAGUUAACAACUUGUGUCGGCGACAGAACAGGCGAGAGUUGUGGGGGAAAUGGAUGCGUUGACGAAAGUGUUCCGUCAGGCCUCGCCAUGUGGAGCCGUUGUAUUUGAAUCGGUGUGACAUUGAUUUACAAUGUUCAAAGUGCAAAUCUUUUUUCGGAAUUUAAGCCUGUCCUUCGUGCUUUGAUGGUAAUUUUUACGGAAAAUUAUUGUUUGAUAUCUAAGCGUACAGCAAAAAAAACUUUGCUAGUUUUGCCAGAACUUUUUUGAGGAACCGAACUUCUAUAGAAGGGUCUUUUGCAAAGUGCAAGCUGUUGUAUAACUUUUAAAUAUCAACUGGGAAGUUGUAAAUUAACAACGGAAGUACCCCGAAUGCGACGCUCGGAUUUUAUUUAAAUUUUGCGUCGGGCAUAGACUAAAUAUUAAUUCCUGAAAGUUUUAGUUCGCGCUUUGCAAGCUUCACCCGUAUAACGAACGAUCUUUGCCGUUGAGAGAGCACGCUAAACGUGGAGAGUGGUUAGAGAGAAAAAAUAGCCUCUACGGUAGAAAUAGGCCGAAACUUUUCAUGCCGAAAUUCGGCAAAAAGUGUCGAAUUUUCGCCAACUUUCGAUCUAAAAAUCUCGGUUCCUUCUGCAAAGCGCGAGCUAGAUUCUCGCACAUAUUUUCAGAAAAAAUAUUCUAAAAUUGUGCCAAGUUUCAUCAAAAUCCGUCGCACUUGGUGCAUUCCCUAUACGCUAAAUUUGCGUCAGAUGUCAGCAAAAUCGAAAAACCUCUACUUUCUUCUUAAUUACGAAAGCCGGCAUUUCCGCGACCGUUCCUUUACAUCCCCUUGUUUUUUGGUUUAAAAAACCAAAGCUCUUUUUUCGAAAGUUCAACUUUGUUUGGCGCGGGCUGGAAAUUCAAGCAAAUGAUAAACUAUCUUGUCAAAGUACAACCACAAGACCAGAAAAGCCUCUAACACGGUCACCUCGAAAAGCCUCCAUGUCAGUCUUAUCGGACGUCUAGUCUAGUCAGCUGGGAUCCAUAACAUGUUUUGCAACACACCGCUCGGUUUCUUUUCUCUCGUGUCAUGCUAUUCCACACACGUGGGUGAGAAUUCGGUGUUUGAUUCGGUUCGUUUUUAAACUCUAUUACGACAUCCGACUUUUUUGUAAUGGGUUUUUUUCAGGAGCUGAUGGACUUUAAAGCUCCGUUGAUUGCCUUCUCAUCGUUGAUCGCUUACUUUUAUCAGUCCACCGAUGGAUUCGUACAAAAGGAUAUUAUAAAAUAUUGUACACUGUAAGUUGCAUUUUCGACCUGCUCCAAAAAGGCCUUUAAUUCGAAAAAAAUUUCGGUGUUUCAGUAAAGCCACACCGAUCUGGUUUCUGGCGGCUAUAGCCCACUACUCGGACCCGAAAGGAAAGGAUUCGACGAGGACGAGACUAGCAUUGGGCCUGCUUUUCGGCGGCGUCGGCGAUUUUUUGUUGUCCACCAACGAUGCUGGAUUUGAAUUGGGAAUUAUUGCGUUUGGCCUGUGUCAUAUAUUUUACAUUGUGAGUCGUUUCUUUCUUUUUUUGGCUAGGGAAGUACCCCAAGCGCGACGCUCAGAUUUUCUUUAAAUUUUGCAUACACGUCGGUCAUGAACUAAUUAUCAAUUCCUGAAAGUUUUAGCUCGCGCUUUGCGAGCGCCGCCGAGAUAUUGAACGAUCUUUGCCGCCGAGAGAGUAUGCUAAACGCGGAGAGUGGUCAGAGAAAAAAAAACACUAUUUGGCCAUAACUUGGAUAGUUUCGUGCGGAAAACAUUGAUUUUUUGUGGAAACAUUACCCUCUAUGGUCGAAAUAGGCACGAAACUUUUCGUGCCAAAAUUCGGCAAAAAGUGUCAAAUUUUCGCCAACUUUCGAACUAAAAAUAUCGGUUGUCUCUGCAAAGCGCGAGCUUGGAUCCUCGCGUAUAUUUUAGGAAAAAUUAUUCUAAAUUUGUGCCAAGUUUCAUCAAAGUCUGAGCGUUGGGGUACUUCCCUUGUAAAGUUGACAGGGUCGCAAAAUCUGACAGGCCAAUUUGACCAAUCCUAACAGGUCGCCUUGGUUAUAAAUCCCCGAACAAUUUGACCAAACCUCACCGGCCCAAACCUCCCCGGUCUACUUGCCUAUCAAUUCUAUUUGCAGGCUUAUUUCGGCUCCAAACUGGCCGAAUUCAGCACGCCGGUCACUAUUUUUUCGCUUCUGUACGCCUUUAUGGUGAAUCAUUUCUUGGUGAUUCCGAAACUCUGGCACGACCCCCUCCGGAUGGUCCUUAUCAUUGCGUACAGUUUUGUGAUCAGCGCUGCGGUGAUCGUUGCGGGAUCUUUGUUCCAUCAUGGCUCUAAAGAUGGGAGGAAGGGCAGGGUUUGUUAUUUUCUCAUCAACUUUUUUUUCUUACAAUUUGAACUCCAAACCUAUAAUAUUUAUCUUCUAAUUUCAGGGUUACAUGGCACUAAUUGUUGGCUAUUGUCUGUUCUUCGUCUCGGAUACUGUCAUUCUACUGAGCGAGCUGCAGUAUACGUUCCCGCAUGCUCACGAAUUCAUCCUCUUUACCUAUUAUGCCGCACAAUAUCUCAUCUUUGACAACGCUUUGACAACCGAAAACCUUGCAUGA